UCUACGAACCCCACCUCCUCUCCUGCUUGACCGCUAAGACCGAAAAUCUCAAGAUGAACCACCUUCCGCAAGCUUGGGGCCGCCCUAGGGACGAUGUGUACGGCGCAUAUGACCACUCGCACUUCCAGACCGCUGCCGGACCAAACCAACACACACAACAGCCCAUUGUCACAGGCACAUCAGUCGUAGCAGCCAAGUUCAAGGAUGGCGUUGUGAUUGCCGCAGACAACCUGGCUUCAUAUGGCUCUCUCGCCCGGUUCACCGACGUCAAGCGUCUACGGAAAUUCAACGAGACGGUGGUGGUGGGGUUCGGCGGCGACGUAUCAGACAUGCAGUACCUCGACCGUCUGCUCAACUCCCUUGACAUCCGAGAGAACUAUGCAAGCAGUGACGACCCGCUGAACGCGAAGAACCUCCACACAUACCUCGCCAAGGUCAUGUACAAGCGUCGCUCCGACUUCAACCCGCUAUGGAACCAUCUCCUGAUCGCAGGGCUAGAUGGAGAGUCGAAGCCCUUCCUCGCCAGCGCCGACUUGCUGGGUACCACCUUUUCGUCACCCACCCUUGCUACCGGCUUCGGAGCGCAUCUUGCACAGCCGAUCAUGAGGAGGACAAUUCCCGAUGAGGCUUCGGUGGAGAACGUUACCAAGGAGGACGCCGUGAAGCUUGUCAAGGAGUGCAUGAAGGUGCUUUUCUACAGGGAUGCCAGGAGUAUGGACAAAUACUCCAUCGCUACCAUCACCAAGGAGGGUGUGGAGCUUCACGAGGACGAGAAGCUGGAGAACCAGAGCUGGGCAUUCGCGGAGCAGAUCAGAGGAUAUGGUACACAAACGGCAUAAGAGAGGCCAGAUGUGAGCCGGAGAUGAAUGAUAUGGAUUGAGGCUGUCGAAUGCGCCGAUGAAACAUUACAUACGUGCUGACAGCUGAAUGAUAGACAUGAAUGCAGUGAACUAAAGCUUGCGAGCGACAUUGUUAGGCCGCUAGCUAUGCCCAUUGGUCUAUCCGCGUAAUGCUACCCUCCUCGAAACCUGUCACAUGCGUUGAACAUAUCAGGGUCGUGCC